CUGGUCCUCAGUGGGAUGAGCUUAGAACGCAGACACACAGUCUCGCAAGCAGCCGAGACCAGCCUGGGAAGCGAAGUGAUCAGAGCAGAUUCCCAAAAUGUGCCCAAGUAGCCGAAUACAGCUGCUCCUUGCUAUCCUGCUCAGUCAAGUGGACUGCAGCUUUGCUGUUCAAGAGAUCCAGGCUGAUCAUGAAACCCUGAUGAAGAUCAAUGCUGCAGGGGAAAUGAUGAGGUGCUCUGCAGCUAUGGAUGUCCUCUUUUUGAUGGACGGCUCAUAUAGUGUUGGGAAGGGCAGCUUCGAGAGGUCACGCCACUGUGUACUGAAACUGUGUGAGGCUCUGAACAUCAGCCCAGACACGGUGAGAGUUGGAGUAAUUCAGUUUGGUUCAACUCCCAAGAUGGAAAUCUCACUAAACUCCUACAGAAGCAGGGGGGAGCUCAGCAAACACAUCAAGAAAAUACAGUACAGAGGAGGGAGCACACAAACUGGUCUGGCUUUUAAGUAUGUGAUGAGGAAGGGGUUCCUCGGCGGGCGGAAAUCCCCAGUGCCUCGCAUUGUCAUCCUCCUGUCUGAUGGAAAGUCCCAGGGUACAGUGCAGCCGGCUGCCUCUGACCUCAAGCAGUCUGGAGUGAUUCUGUUUGCUGUGGGCCUGCGCUAUCCAAGAUGGGAAGAGCUCUACUCUUUGGCCAGCACGCCCACAGAGAGCCAUGUGUUUUUUGCUGAGCAUUUCAGUGAUGCUGUAAAUGGACUGUACACGAGCCUCACCACCUCCUCCAUCUGCAGUGCUGUCCCGUCAGGCUGUCAGAUAGAGUCCUUUCCUUGUGUACAGAAGACCCUGGAGACGAUCAAAGAACUGCAAGGCAACUUUAUGUGCUGGAAAGGAUCGAAGGGAAACUUACCAUACACCUCAUUAUGUCCAUACUACAGAUAUACCAGUGCUUACAAGGCACUCCCUACAGUAUGUCACAGAACAGUAUGCUCAGAUCCUUGUGAUUCACAGCCAUGUCAGAAUGGUGGGACGUGUGUCUCUGAAGGGCGAGAGAAAUACCGUUGCCAGUGUCCUCCAGGCUAUGGAAGUGACCCCAACUGUGCUCCUGUGCUGUCUUUGGACUGCUCUGUUGAUGUCCUCUUCUUGGUUGAGAGCUCUACUAGCCUGACUCUAGAGGGGUUCCUGCGCUUCAAGUCCUUCCUGAAGCAUUUUGUGCAGACAGUUCUGAGUUCAGACCCUCCUGUGAAGAUUGGUCUGGCCCAGUAUGGCAGCGAUGUAAAGGUUGAAGCCAAGGUCGGGCAACACCGAAACCCAGUGAAGCUGCUCCAGAGUGUGGAGUCUCUCCAGUACCGGAAAGGAGAGGCUAAAACUGGAAAUGCACUACGUUAUGUCACACGGCAUGGCUUCCAAAGCGCCCCAGUGUAUGCUGAUGUUCAAGAUGACCUGCCUCGUGUGGUGGUGCUCAUCACUGGCACUCCAUCUACUGAUGCUAUAGUGGAGUCUGCUAAAUAUGCAAGAGACAGAGAGAUCUUUAUCAUCGGUAUGGGGCCUGACAGGAUGAAGGCGGAAAUCAACAACAUCACAGGAAACCCUCAGCGCACCAUCACUUACAGUAUGCCUGACAGACUGAAUGCAAAGAUCCCAGAACUCAGAGCUAAGAUCUGCAGUGUGGACAGCCAAGGGUGUUUCGGUCAGGCAGUGGACCUGGUCUUUGUUCUGGACGGCUCAGGAAGUGUGGGGAAGGACAAUUUUGUUCACUUGCAGGAAUUUGUGCGCAGAACUUCUGUGCAAUUUGACAUAAACCGUGACUUGACUCAGGUGGGGCUAGUGGUGUACAGUCGGUGGCCUGUCUCCGUCUUUGACCUGGACACUCAUGCUUCAGGCUCUGCUUUGCUCAAAGCCAUGGGAGAAGCAUCCUAUUUGGGUGGAAAGACCUCCACUGGCACAGCUCUGCUCCAUGUGCACUCUCAUAGCCUGACCAUGGCCAAAGGGGCACGGCCAGGUGUCAACAAGGUCGUAGUCGUACUGACUGAUGGCACAGGGGCUGAGGACGCAGCGGUGCCAGCUCAAAAGAUCCGGGAUGAUGGUGUGUCCGUGUUUGUGAUUGGGACUGGGGAUAUGCAGCGUGAGCAUCUCCUGCGCAUUGCUGGCUCCGAGGAUCACAUCAUCACUGUGCCCUUCUAUGAGGACCUGAAAUACUUUGAGGAUGUGCUGGUGCAGAUGGUGUGUGCAGAUGUGAAGAAGCCAGUGAACCUGUGCAGGCCCAACCCCUGUAUGAAUGAUGGUGUGUGUGUCCUACUGAACGGAAGCUAUCGCUGUGAAUGCCGGGGAUGGGAGGGACCACACUGCGAGACACGAAGCAGGCAGCAGCCCUACAGAGGAGAUCUCCCAAGACCUGCAGCACUGAGACGCCGCCACAGGAAGAACAUUAGAGAGCUACAACAGCGUUACAGAGAACACCGCAGGAGACAUGCUAGCUGAUUACAGUCAUAGGAUGAACAGAGCUCUCUCUCUCACACACACAGAGGCAAUUCCAUUGGUACUUACUCAUAGUUUGCUAAACAUGAAAAAAAGGGAAAGACAAAGGUGAGGUGUGUCUUUUCACGUUCACACAGGCUUACUAUAAGCUCUCUCCUACAGGAAACUGGAGAUAAUGGGGAUCUCCAGACUCCCAGCAGGUCCAAUUCAACACAGACUCUGUUAUCAUUACUAAACAUAUCAUUACACUUACAGUGAUGGAGUGGGAACAGCCAGCACUUCUUUUUUGGUGAUUUUGAAGACCUGUCUUUAUCAGUCCUAUAUAGAACUGCAGCUGUGAAAGCAACACAUCAUUACUGUGUUCAAAAGCCUUUGCUUCAUUUCUUAAGAUCCAUUUCAAGCAAGUGUAUACUGAAUGAAUGCCUUUUUAGUUCUGUUUAUAGCCUUUAAAUGUUUGAUGUUCAGAAAACUUUUGUAACAAAGCCCCUGAGGGUCAUUUUUAUAUAUUUAUUUUAUAUGCUUUAGGUGGUGAUGUUUAGUUAAAUGGAUGCUUUGUGAUGUAUGUACAAAUUAAACGUGUUCUGGUGCCAUCUACUGGAGAAAUUCUUAUGAAAAUUGUCAUCAAUAUCAACAACUUUAAUAUCACAUGAGAAUAUGGCAUUCGGAUAUGAUCAUGUAAAAGCUGGAACUGAUUCAGAACUGAUUUUUAUUGGAAUAAAAAAAAAGUGCACGUUUUACCUAGUAUACAGCCAAAUGAAUCCAAACCGCUCUGUAUAAAUGUAUUUACAUCUAAACUACCAGCAUACAUGAAUUUAAGCUAUAGUCUAGACUGCACCACAUUGUUAACUAUAUGAGAGACUCUGCUUUCUUCUUUUCUGAGCUGUAUCAAAAAAACAUGCCUUUCCAAAAUCUACUCUUCAUUGUUAUAAAAUACACAUUUUAAAAUAUUUUAUAUAAUAU